AUGGAUGAAAGAGCAAAGUUAUGCCCUGCUAAUGGGCUGAGUGUCAUUGUUGUUGAUGAAGAUAAACAUCAUGCGAACUCUACAAGGUCUAUGCUUUGUACACUUAACUAUCAUGCAACAGCAUAUACAAGUCCCAUAAAAGCACUUGAGUUUCUUGAGGGUCAUGCACAAGAGGUUGAUCUGGCUUUGGUAGCAGUGCACAUGGAAGAGUUGCAUGGUUUUCAGUUCCUUGACAUAGUUAGCGACGCACACAAAAACGUUCAAGUGAUUAUGAUGUCAAAUGAGACAACAAUGGAUACAAUGAAGAGAUGCAUUAAGCUUGGCGCACGUUUUCUGGUGAACAAGCCUAUUGAUGCCCACACCAUAAAUAACUUGUGGCAACAUCUUGACUUAAAAGAUUAUUCAAGGAUGGAUUAUAUCAAGAACUUAUUACAAGGUGCUGCUUCUCCUAGAAACAUAGAGAUUCUCAUGAAUGUGGAAGGUGUUAAUCGCAAACAUAUUGCUUCUCAUCUGCAGGAUGAAGACAUGCCCCAUGCUAAGACGGGGAGCUUCUCUGACAAUAAUAAUGCUCAUGCUGCAAUGCAAAGAUCCAUUCAAUUUGGUACCAUUUAUGAUGAGUCCGAAUAUUUCUAUUAUUCUUCUGGUGAUGAAGCAACUGAAGAUGGAGUAGAUAUGAUGGAAGAUGAUGGCACAAGUGCUUCUAGUUUUACAGCACAAGUUAGCACUGCUGAAACUUUCUCUGCAGAAGGCACUAAGGACAUCUUGAACAAUAACAGUUCUAAGAAACAAGAUCGUCAUGGUGACAAGGUGGGCAAAGCUAUAAAGCUUGUGGACUAUUCAGAAUCUGAGGACGAUGAGAUAUAG